AACCAUGAGCGGGAAUAGUACAUGCUUACAAUUGGUGGAGAAAGGUGGCAGAUGCUUAUAAUUGGUGGAGACAUGGCGGUUGCCCAACUGGUGGAUGCCACAUGGCAUCCACUUAGGUAUUUUUUUUUGUUUUUUUCCAAACGCAACGUUAGUAUGUAACGCCCCAAAAAUCCAAAGUUUUUAUAAACAUGGUAUUUACUAGAUAUAUGUCAUGAAAUAACUUAACUAGAUUGUUUAACUUAGUUAACAUAAAAGAGUAAAUAGAAAGAAUGAAUGGAAAGUAAAAGGGCCAAUUAUGACAUUUUUGGAAGUUGAUGGAAGUGGUCAAUAAAAGGGGAAUUGAAGCCAAAAAUUCUGCACUUUAGGUGUGAGUGUGUGCGUAGAACAUCAGAGAAACACAAAGGGAGCCAAAACCCUUGUUCAUCAAGAAUCACUAAAUUGGUGACGAAUUUAUGAUCCAAUCUUAUGCAUGAAUGAAGAAUUAUCAUCAUCUCAACCUUACAAACAUGUGGAUCAUGUUAAGGUGGGUGGAAGCGUGGAAGGCUAACGGGAAGGAUGCGAGGAAGCAAGUACGAAACGUAUGCUUAUGGAAAUUAAGUAUGGAUCUGACAGGCGUUGAAGUUUCAAGUGUUGUUUGGAAUAAAAGAUGUCAUCCGGUGUCGUACGGUUUGAGAGUAUGUACCCUAUCCUGGAUAGGAUACAUAUUCCAAGGCCAAGUUUUCAUAGUGUCUUUUGAAAAGUCCUUAUGGAACUUAAAACCUGUUGGUGUUGUAUUCUAAAUAUGAAGUCUGUGUUUUUUGGGGCUUAAAACAAUGUUGUUGUAAUGUUUUAAAACUUAAUCAAUGGAUGAACAUCUUGGAUUUAUCAUA